AUGGAAGCCGAUAAGAACCUCCAAUCUACCCUUCCUCUUUUGACCACUCCAUUAUUCCAGCCUCAAUAUUCACUGACGCGUGAAGAGAGUUUGAAGUGUUCUUAUGAACGGGCCAGGGCCAUCAGUAAACAUUACAAACUGACCGUGGACGAUAUUCACUCCCUGACACCAAAAUUCUGGGAUAUGAACAGAGAUGGAAUUGUGACUCGAGAUGCUGGAACAUACAUACUGCUCGCUACGCAGUAUAACCUGGCUGCUGGUACCAUUGCCCAAUUCUCGCAUGAACGCACAGAUCUACAGGAAUUACUACAGAAAAUUAUGGACUUCGAGGUUUCAGCACUCUUCAUGAUUACAGAGCUUAAUCAUGGUGUUGAUGUAAAAUAUCUCGAAACUACCGCUACUCUGCAACCGGAUGGUAGUUUUAUCUUGCAUACUCCGAAUAUGGGUGCUGCAAAAUUUAUGCCUCCUAGCAGGCAAGUAGCUGGAAUUCCACGCAUUGUAGUGGUCAUGGCCAGACUCAUGGUGGAUGGAGACGAUCGAGGGAUUCGGCCGUUUAUUGUUGCACUUAGCAAUGGCAAAGAGAUAUGCAAAGGUGUGACAUCGGUUCUCCUACCAGAACUAGGGACUCGAACUCUCGAUCACUGUCUCACCUCCUUCAAUCAAGUGCGUCUUCUUCCCAACGCACUGCUCGGAGACAUCAGUAAACCAGAAGACUUCCAAGCUCAUUUUCUUUCUGCCAUUCGGCGUAUUUCCAUCGGUACAAUCUCACUCUGCUUGUCUAUUAUUCCAUAUCUCAAAAACUUGGUUUAUAUCGUGGGAAAGUACAAUUUGCGUCGCACAGUUACUGGACCGGGUAAAAUUCCCAUUCCAAUCAUAAACUUCCGCAGCCAGCAGAUUCCAAUCUUGCAUGCAAUCGCCCAAAUCCGAGUUAUGGAAGCCUUCGCCGACUAUGCCAUUACUUGCUUUAUGAAUAGUACCAGUACUCAGGGUCGGCAGAGACUUGCUACAAUUCUUAAGGCAUCGUUCAUUCACAACAUGGAGCAGUGCAGUGCUUCGUUACCGCAGAGGUGUGGUGCGCAGGGAAUGUUCAAACACAAUCAGAUUUGUGAGUACAAUGUAAGUAAUUCCAUGCCCCUUGGUGGUCUUAUCAACACGGAGAGAGUACUUAAUGAAAAUACUAGAAUCUCCUCCAUAUACUCGCUAUUGCCGAAGGAGACAAUGCCGCUCUUUGUACUCGUAGGGUUUGCAAUCGACCUCUUCCUUGGUCGCUAUAAUCCCCCAGAAUCCACCAACCCCAACUCCCUCCUCGCUCAACACGAGGCUGGUUUGGCUACAGAAUGCAUGAAGGUCGUCGAGAGCCAGCCUCUAGAGAAAAUCAAGCAUGAUUUCAAUCGAAAUCUUAAUCCUCACUGCAAACCCAUUGUUGAAGCUAUUGGCCACCGGAUGGCCUACGAUGCUGCUAUUGCGGCGGGCGUAAAUCAAGACUUGGUCGCCUUAUAUGAAGUUGGCGUUGUUAAGGAAGAUCUCAGUUGGUAUGUGGAAUUCGCAGGGCUGAAACGAGGGAGGGUAUUGGAGAUGGAGCAUCAGGCAUUGGACGCUGUUUUACCCCGUCUGAACGAAUUGCUGGAUGAGUUGGAUAUCGGGGCGUACUGCACCGCUCCGAUCGUUUCGCAGACGGAGUGGGGGAAGUUUAUGUGUGAGUUGAAGGGGGAUACAGGGAAUGCGAAGUAUGAACUCUUUAAUCACACCAAGGGCAUGAAGAAGGAUGUUUUGGAAAAGGGGAAAGUGUCAAUGAAGUGGAGGUGGUUGAAUUGGCUGAUUUGA